AGUGCUCAGCAGCAAAGUGACAAAAGUCAGUUGUCAUUCUUAUCUUGUUGCUCACACUCACUUGAGCAAAAGUGUACAUAAAAAUGACAAUUUCUUUUUGAAAGUGUGAAGACCACUUUCAGAAAUUGUAGCAACAAGGUACAAAUGACGAAAUUGUUUGGCCUACCAUAUUUGUAAUGUGUGAAUAUGUGAGUUGUUAGUGUGUUGUUGCACUGACACACAUUCCAAAUGAUGUCUACAAAAUUAUAAUAUAACUUACUAUGGUAUCAUCAUCAUCUUCUGCCUUCCAUUCUUCAAAGGUUGCCCCUGUUUGACAUAACUGCAAUAGAGAAGUGUUAAACAGGUCACGUUCCACAGUUUCUUUAUCGAUUUCCUUGAUUCUUGUGUCCCCACCUUUGAAGUCUGUAGCUUUCACUUGUUGAUGUAACUGUAUGCUGUCACUAUCAAGAGCAUGAGUACUGAUGUCUUUAUCCGACAGUGGAGCAACCUGUUUGAAUCACACUAAGUGAAAACAUGAUCAUAUGACAUCAAUUAACAGAACUGAUAAUACUUGUAAAUUUGUUCUUGUUGGUGUUACACUAUAAGUACCAUACAUAAUUGCAACACAUCCAUUGCAGCAACUUCAUAUAACUAUAUACUGACUAACCAGGUAUGAUUGUCACUGACAUCAUCAUGUACAAGUAAAAUGUCUGCACACAGAUUGAUGUUGUAUGUUGCAAAAGACAAUACAUAUUGCUAAAUUAACUAACCAUUCUUCUGCAACAGACUUCUUGGCGAAUCUCUUUCUGUUGAUUUGUCAUCUAUAAUUUCUACAUCACCUAUCAAGACAUCCAGGUUGAAGUCAGUUUCCAAGAGCUGUACAUUCAAGAUUCAAAGCUCAAGGUUUAGUGUUCAUGCAGGUGUUGCAGGCAGUGGACCCACAAGAUCUACUCCAAUUCGAUGCCAAGCACUCUUCACUGGGAUGGAAAUUCCUGGUAUUUUUUGCUAAGUUUGAGUUGUCCUACCUUUUGACAUGUCUCACACGUCUUGAUGUACUGGUCAAUGUCUUCACAAAUGCCAUGCCAAAAAUACCUGGAGCAUACUUUUUUGCGUGUUUUGUCUCUGCCAAAGUGACAGCCUCCCAUGCGAUUGUCAUGGAUCGACUGAAGAAUCUGCUCCUUCAACUCCUUGUUUUGAAUCCACUGUCUCUUGAUCUUUUCACUCCCACUGUUGCUUUCAGAGUAGUACAGAACACCAUUGUUCAGGGUCACCCUCUCACUAGUGAACUUCCGUAUGGCUCUUUUUCUGCUUUCUGUUGCACCUUGUACAUACCUUCCACCAUGGGAUUCACUCAAGUACCUAAACGCUUCUUGGUACGUAAUAGGAUUUCUAUUUGACAUGAUGAAUUUCAACAGGUGUACACAAUCUGAAUGCUUGAAUUUAGCUUAAAGUCAGGGCUAUAGCUGGUCAAAUUGAAAUAUCAUGAGCUCUAAUUAAGUUAUAGUCAUCAUUGUCAGAGCAGUGGUGACACAUACUUCUUCUUUGCUGCUGAAGACGUCUUUUCUUAGCUAUUAUAAUGACCCACAACAACCUUGUUUAGAGUA